AUGGCCCCCCUCGCGUGUGUCCUCGCACUGACUCUCCUUUCCUACCUCGCUGUCGCUACUCCGCUUUCUACGCCCUCCAAGCCUUCCCGCAGCCUCCGCGUUCAUCAAGCCCGCGAUGCCCCUCCCUCUGGCUUUGCACUUUCCAGUCUCGCCUCCCCCAGUACCCCCCUCACUCUACGCAUCGCUCUCGCCCAGGCUAAUCCGAGUGCGGUUGUCAACGCCCUCCAGUCCGUGAGCGAUCCCUCAAGCUCUUCCUUCCGCCAGCACCUCUCCAAGGCCGAUGCCCAGGAACUCGCAGCUCCGAGCUCCGACAGCGUCGAUGCGGUGACCUCUUGGCUGAACGAGCAUGGCCUCACCGCCACCGCCCUCAGCCCCGCUGGGGACUGGCUAGGAGUCAACCUGACCGUCAGCCAGGCAAACACCCUUCUCGCCGCCGAGUUUUCCAUGUUCUCCCACUCCGCCUCCGGGAUUUCUGCAUUGCGCACCCUUUCCUACUCCAUCCCUGCGAGUCUCAAUGAUCACAUCGAUCUCAUCGCCCCCACUACGGACUUCCCUGAGCCGAUCAAGAGCGUCGGCUUGGUGAACAAGCGCGCCUUCCACGAGCCCGUCCUCCCUCGCACGUCGCUCCCCGAAUGCUCGAACGGCACGACCCCCGCGUGCCUUCAGAAGCUGUACAACAUCCCCACCAAGCCCGCGAAGGUCAGCACGAACAGGAUCGGUGUCACCGCCCACUUUGGCAACAAUGCCCACUACACGUUCUUGGAGAACUUCUUGAAGACGUUCCGGCCUGAUAUGGACCCGACCACCAACUUUUCCGUGACGCUGCUCGAUGGCGGCAACAACGACCAAGACGUUCCGUCUGUCUCGGAGGGAGAACUCGACAUUCAGUACACCGUUGGCUUGGCCACUGAAGUCCCGGUCGACUUCAUCAUGGUUGGAUUCAACAAUACCGACGGAGAACUGGAGGGCUACCUCGACGAGAUCAACUAUCUCCUUUCCCUCGACGACCCUCCUCAAGUGUUGACCACCAGCUACGGCUUCGCCGAGCACAGCAUCAGCUUCGCGCUCACCGACAAACUUUGUCAGGCUUAUGCCCAACUUGGUGCUCGUGGCGUCUCUGUCCUCUUUGCAUCCGGAGACAGCGCCGUUGGCUGCAUGAACAGCAACACGACCACCUUCAACCCCACGUUCCCGUCCAACUGCCCGUACGUCACUUCCGUCGGCGGCACCCAAGGCUCCUCCCCCGAGCAAGCGUGGCCCGGGUCCUCCGGCGGGUUCUCGAACUACUACCCCGCGCCCUCGUACCAGGUCUCCGCCGUGUCAUCCUACCUCGCCGCGCUCGGAGAGACGAACGCGGGCCGGUUCAACACGUCCGGGCGCGCGUUCCCCGAUAUCUCCGCGCAGGCGGCCGACUUCCGGAUCGCGUUCGACGACGUCGAGAGCGUGACUGGGACGAGCGCCGCGAGCCCUACUGUGGGCAGCAUCGUCGCGCUGGUCAACGACCGGCUCGCGCAGGCGGGCAAGCCCCCGCUCGGGUUCUUGAACCCGUGGCUGUAUGCGCGGGCGAAAGCCGCGUUCACGGACAUCACGACGGGGAACAGCACGAUCGAGUGCAAUGGCGAGCAGGUCGGAUUUGAUGCGGUCGAAGGAUGGGACCCAGUCACUGGGCUCGGUACCCCUGACUUCAACAAGCUGUUGAAGCUUGCGGGUUUGUGA